ACAUCUCACACAGGAAGUGGGCGACGGUUCGGAAGGAUACACAAUCUAUGAGGAUUUGCCCCUUCAUCUAUCCCGGUUUACGCUUUUGCCUAAGAAUAAAAGAAAUAUAGAAAACAAGGCAUUGCCAAAUAAUUACCGGCGAUGUCGGAGACAUAUGAUUUCCUAUUUAAAUUCCUUGUCAUUGGAAAUGCAGGAACAGGCAAAUCAUGCCUCCUUCACCAGUUCAUAGAAAAGAGAUUCAAAGAUGAUUCCAAUCACACAAUAGGCGUUGAGUUUGGUUCAAAGAUCAUCAGUGUGGUCAACAAGUUUGUCAAAUUGCAAAUCUGGGACACAGCAGGACAAGAAAGAUUCAGGUCGGUAACGCGCAGCUACUACAGAGGGGCCGCUGGAGCUCUACUGGUCUAUGACAUCACAAGUCGGGAAACCUACAACGCCCUAACCAACUGGCUAACAGACGCAAGAAUGCUGGCCAGCCAAAAUAUUGUCAUCAUACUCUGUGGAAACAAGAAAGACCUGGACGCGGAUAGAGAGGUGACCUUCUUGGAGGCUUCCCGCUUCGCCCAGGAAAACGAGCUCAUGUUUCUUGAGACCAGUGCCCUGACGGGGGAGAAUGUGGAGGAGGCGUUUGUCCAGUGUGCACGGAAAAUCCUGAACAAGAUCGAGUCAGGAGAGCUUGACCCAGAGCGGAUGGGGUCAGGGAUCCAGUACGGAGAUGCGGCCCUGCGACAGCUGCGUUCCCCCCGUAGGGCCCAAGCCCAAAACGCGCAGGAGUGUGGCUGUUAACGCCACGUCCAUCCCCACAGCUCUGGCAGCCAAAGACACGUUCGUGAAGAUGUGGUGGGACUCGACAUUUUGGGGUGAGAGCAGAGCAGAGCAGAGCAUCUCCCUUCCUGAAGCUUCCUUUCUGCUUGCGGAUGGAAGGCUGGCGAGGCGACAGAGAGAAAACGGAUAGCUCCGCCUCCGCACACACAGUGGCUCUCUCGCUCCAUCUCUUUGGUAAUGGCAAUGGUACGGUCUGCUGCGUCCUUCCCGAGAGAAAUCUUCAAGAACACUUUGUGAUCCAAAAAAACAUCCACAUCCAUUUCACCUUAUCUACCAUAUCUUUGAAAAGCGCUCGUGGCAACACACACUGGCCUGCAGUUGAGAAGAAAAAUUGUGCACACAUCCCUGACCAAGGUAGAGGUCAACGGCUAAUUCGUGUUCUGAUUGACAGAGGUCAGAGGUGUGAGAGUCACUCAGUCUGUUUGUAAUGAAUCUGAAGAAGACCUCGGGUCGAAACAGUACAGUAGUGCUGCCAUAGAAUAAAUGUUAGAAAAAAGGAUUUCAAAUGUGUCGACCUCUGUCAAUCAAAACCCACUAGCCAGCACUGCCCCAAUUUCUGCAGUUUUAUUUUCAGCAGGCAUGAUGUUGCCCCACACAGAAGACCCUCAAGGAAAACCUUUUAACGAUGUACAUACAGUAUAUCAUGCGGCGAUCUCAUCUUAAAGGGAUACCGCACCAUUUCUGCAAAUAAGCUCAUUUUCCACUGUCAUUCGAGUUCUCCUUUGCUUCCAGUCGAUCUCUGAGUCUUGCAGUACAAACUCUAGCUCCAAGCUAGCAUAUAGAACUGAAUCGUAUGGGACCAGCUAAUGAUAAUGGCUAGGUUGGAACUAGAGGUAUCAUUACCAGACCAAGAGAACGGCUAAGUACAGGAGAAAUGCAAAACUCGGUCAUUUAACUCCAGGGGAUGUGUAAAAUUAGCUUAUUUGGUGCGGUAUCGCUUUAAGACGAGAGAUCACAGAUAAUGACACAUCCCAUGUGCACCUCCAUCAUGGUCAACCUAUCAGUGCAAAGUUAUUGAACUCCAAUGACUUGUAGACAAGGCAUUUUAAAAGAUAUCUUUGGAUCAUCUGUUUGAUUGUGUUUGUGCAAGAUCACUGUUUUAUACUCUAUGUUGAUGCAUUUUGUUUUUUCUCCUUUACAAAACAGUAUUUGAGGAUCCAAUCAUUAAAAAGUGAAAGCAUCCUUUACAGAUGAGACUUAAAAUAUAUUGUAAAGGGCGUGAAGGUGUGCUCUUCAGCCUAUUGUUAGUCACUAUAUAAAUUUAGGUGCAAACAGGGCUCUAAAUUAAGACCAGCCAGCUGGCCAAAUGCUGGUGAAAUUUCAGUUUGGAUGGUAGAAAAGAUCUUACUUACUAGCCACUUUGACCCAUCAGCAAGUGUGUUUCGCUAGUAAGAUAAACAUCUACUAACCAUUUUGGCUGGUGAUGAAAAAAGCUAAUUUAGAGCCCUGGGUGCAAAUCUUUCCACCCUUCAUGUUCCAAAGGAAUGGACCAAUUUCUGCCUUCUGUCCUUCAAGUGUUGUGCAUCAUACCGUGAUCUUUUCGCAUGUUUUCCCUCCUUAAAUAUGGCUAUUCAGUAAGCGCCUUCAUUGUAAUAUAAAAACUGUACAUCUCUUUUAUGUAAGAGUCACCAACAGAGUUAUGACAUUCAAAAUUUACCACUGUAGGUUCAAUGUGUAGUACAAUAUUUCUGAACUUAUUUGGAAGUAUUUAUUUGGUGUGUUUAAGUGUCUCUAAUAUGAACACUGGCUGUAAAGUUUACAUACAUGUACAGUAAAGUUACAUGUAAAUAAAUAAUGUAUGUUGUA